AUGGAGGACCGGAGACUUCAGACAGGUGGCAACAAUGACUUGCUCCUUCCACAGGUGUUCAUCGAUGGCAACUAUGUCGGCAAUGCUUCUGAUCUGCAGGGUCUGGAGGAUGAUGGGUUGCUCGAGAACAUCCUUCUUCGCAAGGCUUGCAUGCAGUGCGGCUAUUCGAGACGGGAUCCCGGCAUGACCCAGUGUCCGGCCUGCGGGGCAAGUUAUCAGGAGAUCUUGCCGGGAGAGAUGACGAUCAGCCAAGCCCUCCAGGAGCUGGCGCACCAGGAGGAGGACUUCGACGAGUACUACGAAGAUGGCGAGGAGGAGUUCCCGGAGGAGGAUGCAGUGACCCAAACGGUCACCAAAUCGCUCACCGAGUUUCCGGAAGAGCGACGUGCACGGAUGGCUGGGUACAGUGGCGGUGCUGCCGCUGCUCCAGAAAAGUCAGGUCCCUCGCAGGCUCAGCAGCCGCUGGAUCCUGCGCUAGAGACGGCCAAGUUCGCUUUGGGGGAGCAGGUACAAUAUUGGAGCGAUUCCAAGAACCGCUGGAUGGAUGCCAUUGUGGAGGGCAUACGGCUCAAGGAGGGCCAUGUGGUUUACGAUUUGAACUGCAAGCGGGGGGCCCAGGCAGAGAAGAUCCAGUCCUAUCAGAACGAGGAGGACGUGUCGCCAUCGUAG